AUGGCUUCAGCGGCAACUACGCUUCGGGGUAUUGAACAACCAGGACUAUACUGGAAGCCAGGUCUUUUCGGCGCCAGGCCAACAUGGACUAAAGAGCCAUCCCUUGACAAAAUUACAGAGUUGGCGCACAACCAUUUGAAGUUGCCACAGGAUGAGCUUGUUGACUUGAGGCCUUUCGCUGAAGGCGCCUUCAACAAACUAUACGAAGUCAUCUGCUCUAAGGGUCAAUUCAUUUUCCGUGUCACGCUACCAGUAGCACCAGAAGUCAAGACCAGAAGCGAGGUCGCUACGCUGAGCCUUCUCCACGAGCGGACCAACAUUCCAGUUCCCGAGAUCAUCGCGGACAACGAUGAUCUUGAAGAUGACCUAGGUUUUGAAUGGAUACUCAUGGAGCGCAUGCCAGGUCGUCCUCUGCGAGAAGUAUGGCAUAAGAUGUCCUGGCUUCACAAAGAGCUUCUGGUCAAGCAAAUAGUAGGCUUCAUGGUUCAGCUGUACUAUCUAAAGCUCCCCAGUAUAGGUAGUCUUUAUUCUGAGGAGUCGAUAUUCGACUGGGAUCGCAGCAGAAACUACACAGUGGGAGAUGCAGUCACGCAAGCUUUCUUCAUAGACGACCAUAUCCAGCAGUCCAUCUACCGCGGUCCGUUCGCAAGCAGCCAAAGCUUCGUAAAUGCUCACAUGGCCUUCCUUCAACACGACAUCACCAAGCUACAACACGCAGAAGGCUCAGAUGGCUACGACUCCGACGACGAAGAACAAGCAGAAGGAAUGUCAGAGAUCUACGCCAAACUCCAAAAGGUGAUUCCAACGAUUUUCCCAGCAGCGAACCCAGGGGACGAAGACGAAGAAACAAUUCUCUUUAACGGCGACAUCUCCUUCAACAACAUCAUCGUCUCCCCUUCUGGAGACCUCGUCGGUAUCGUAGACUGGGAAUGCACAACCACAGUGCCACCCUGGCACGCCUGUCAAAUCCCCCAGUUCCUCGACGGUCUCUUACCCACAUCCACUACUUCACAAUCCCAACCACCUCUACCCCUCACCCCCGAAGCACUCGCCGACAAAGACGCCGUACAAUUCCACCACGAACAACUUCAAGCCUACGAGCUUACCUGUCUACGCACCUUCUUCGUCGAAGAGAUGCGUAGACAGUGUCCGGAGUGGUUGGUGUAUUGGCAGGAAGGGGCGAAGAAGAGGGAUGUGUUGAUUGCGAUUGAAGAGUGUGGGGAUGAUAGUCAGUGGACGUUGAUUAAUGGAUGGUUGGAUGCGGUGUUGGAGGGGAGGGAGCCGAAGAAGGGGUUGUUGGAGGCGAUGUGGACGCCUGUUGGCGAGUAG